AUGUCCUUUGAUAAGAAAGCGGUGAGAACGUCAGUGAGUCAUGCUGUGAAGUCCUUAUCACAGGGCUCAAUUGAGUCACAGUCAGCAAACACAACGAGCUUGGUGUUGAAACACCCAAGGGUCCACUCUGCAAAGACCAUCGGGGUGUUCAUGAGCAUGGAUGGUGAGAUUCAAACAUUGCCCUUGAUUCAGCAGUUGAUAACGAUGGGGAAAACUGUUUACCUGCCGAGAUGUUCCCAACUGGAGCCUGGUGAGUUCCAAAGAUGGCCCAAGCAGAAAUCACUGUUGAGAUUUCACAAGAUGGAUUCGUUCCAAGAUGUCAUCUCCCUUAAACCACAGGGCAAAUUCCAAAUCAGGGAACCAACCUCUGGCGAGGACGCAAUGGAAAGUGAAGAAGGCAUCGACAUGUUGAUAAUGCCGGGUGUUGGAUUCUCCGAAGAUUGUUACAGAACAGGUUACGGUGGUGGAUUCUACGAUGACUACAUCAAGAGACACGUGGAGAAGUUCAACAAGAGACCGUAUCUCUUGGGCAUUGGGCUGGAACAACAGUUUAUACAAGAGAUCCCAUUGGAACCCCACGAUGAACAGUUGAACAACGUGAUCUUAAAUGAUAGAAUAUAUAAUGCUGAUAAAUAA